UUCAGAGAUAUGAGGUUAUUGGAACAGUGAAUGGAUUCUAAACUGGCGAAAUUGUCAUCAGUUCGUUGUUUUGGCGGUUAUCAACGAAUCUUCUCACAUUACAGUACCACGCUAAAAUGUACGAUGAAAUUCGGUAUUUACAUACCAGAUUUAAAAUCUUGUGAAAAACUACCGGUUCUUAUGUACCUUUCAGGCCUCACAUGUACCGAAGCAAAUUUUAUCGAGAAAAGUGGCUUUCAGCGUGCUGCAGCAGCACACAGAAUGGUAGUUUUAAAUGCAGAUACCAGUCCGAGAGGUGUAGACAUUCCCGGUGAUUCGGAUUGUUGGGAUUUCGGCAAAGGUGCUGGAUUUUACGUUGAUGCAACGGAACCAAAAUGGAGUGAGCAUUACCGGAUGUAUACUUAUAUCACAGAUGAAUUACCUAACAUAGUGCGAUCGAAUUUUGUCGAAUGCGAUCCGCAUCGAUGGGGAAUAAUGGGACAUAGUAUGGGCGGGCAUGGCGCAAUAGUAGUCGGUCUCAGAAAUCCAGAAAAAUUUUUAAGCAUCUCGGCAUUUGCUCCUAUUUGCAACCCGAUGAAUUGCAAGUGGGGUAGGAAGGCAUUCCUUGGUUAUCUCGGUCCUUUGGAAGAAAAUUGGAAAGUUUAUGAUUCUCUGGAAGUAAUCAAAUGUUAUGACGGAGAACCAAGAAAGAUCUUGAUCGAUCAAGGUACAGCGGAUAACUUUUUGGCCCAGGAACAGUUGCUACCACGAAAAUUGGAAAACAUCAACAAUGAUAAGGUAUCCAUUGACUCAUUAUCCCCAUAUUUUUUAAGGAUAUGCUUCUUGUCAUUUGAAAUCAUCGUACCAUACAAUAUCUACCACACCGAACGGUCAACCAUCAUUCAGCUCUACAUCAUCCAAGCAAAGCCGAUCCACAAACUGGACAACAACAAUAUUCGACAUAGAAAACCUCGACAUAAGCCUUCUCGAAAGAUGUGGACAUGGCUUCAAAUACGCAAUACUAGGAAAAGAAACCUGUCCGACAACAACACAUGAGCAUUUGCAGUGUUAUUUUCAAUUUAAUACUACAAUACGAUUCAUAACCCUAAAAAAUAACUUACCAAGAGGAUCACAUAUAGAAAAAGCAAAAGGAACACCCUACCAAAACUUUCAAUACUGCUCCAAAAAGGUGAUUUCCAAGAAUACGAAACAACACCUAACCAAACCAAAGAAAAAAGAAAAAUAUCAGAACUAAUAACGAACUA